UAUAUACAACAUAAUAUGCAGAGUUCAGAGCCAGGGUGCUGAAUGCUUAGAGUUAGAGAAGCUAAAAUGGGACUUGGAACUCUGCCGUUGACUCCAUCUUAUAGAAGUUUCCCUUCAAACUCUGGACUUGUACAAAGCACUAAUCACAGCAUGGUCAACAGGAGCAUAAAAUUCUCUGUUUCAGCCAAACAAGAGAAGGAAGAAGAACCAAAGAAGAAAAAACAAUCUUUGUUCAGCAGCGUAACCGAAGCUCUUGAUUUUUCUCAAGUGAGAUCUGCAGAAGAUGCUCAGCUUAUAGACGAGGCCAGAGAAGCCACAACUUCUGGAGAAAGGAUGAGCAGGGAACAGUAUGGAGCUCUUAGAAGGAAAAUUGGUGGGACAUACAAGGAUUUUUUCAAAUCUUAUGUAGAAGUGGAUGGGGCAUAUGUUGAAGAGGGCUGGGUUGACAAAACUUGCAAGGUGUGCAAAAAGGACACCAAGGGAGAGGCAAGGCAAGUGGACAAUUUGGGAAGGUAUGUUCAUGUAGCAUGCCUAGAGAAGUCGAAAACCGGAAACUUCUUUACCAGACUGUUCUCUAGAUGAAGAGCAAUCACGAACAUUGGCGCGGUAGGGGAGAAAAGACAUGUUCUCAAUUAGUCAUAUACACAAGGAUUCCAAUUCUCAAAUUAGAUUCUCAGCUUCUGUAUUGGUUAUUAAAUGAAUGAAAGUGAAUAUAUAUUCUUCA